AUGUUGUCAAUUAUGGGUGCCGCAAGAGAUUUACCAAGGCUGUCGACUUCUAGAGCGACUUCAGCUGCUACAAGCGCCGUCUCCUCAAGUACAAGGACUUCCAGCUCUUAUACGGCAACUGUGACACCACCCUCCCCUUCAGGAAAUCCUAAUAUAUUUCAUAGUGAUAGCAGACCCGAUGGAACUGUUUUCAUAGCGGUUGGAAGUAUUGUGGGAGCGAUUAUCGCUGCUUUGUUUCUAUGGUGGAUCAUUACAAAUGUAAUAUCUCGUAGAAUUGCGAGAAAAGCAUUGUAUGGAGGUCUAGAAAGUCAAUCAAAAGGCCACGGAAGCUCGCCGCUUGAGUAUAGCUAUGGUGAUGAUAAGGACAUGUUUCUUCCAUUGAGAGGCUUACCGGAUGCGUAUGAGGAACGCGCCUCCAGAUCUAAAUCAAGACUAUUUGUAAAUGGCGGUGGCAGUGACAAAAGUAAUCUAAGGGAUUCAACUUCGUGGGAUUCCUUACCUGAGUUUCAGCCCGACGCACAUGAUCUAAACCCGGUUGAAAAGGUGAAUGCUAUUCAGGAUAAUGUUUUCAAUCACUAUAAGAGGAAUUCACUUUUCGUUUCACCAGUAAUGGAGGUUCUUCAGCAGCAACAACAGCAACAAACAAACAGAUCACGAGCAACAGAAUCUGAAAAUGACUCAAAAACAUGCCUAUCUUCCUCACUGACACCACCAUCUGGCGAAUUGAAUAGACCUGAGAGGGCUGCUUCACCUGAGAGAAAACUGAAAAAAACCCCAGGAAAUGACUAUCACAAAAGAAACGGUUCGACACUUGGUAUCACUCCAGUUGAUUCAUCCGUUAGUCAGUCAAAUAUUGCCAGCAGCGAUUCUAGCACAAAUAAAAAGAAUGGACAUAGAAAGCAAGUGCCAUCAAUGUACUUAGAAGACAUGUUGGAAGGAAAUGACAAGCUUAAUUUACAGUAG